AUGGGUCAAACAUCGCGAGCACCACUAUCCUGGCGGAGGGAGGAACGGGAGUCUAAUGAUCUUGCCAUUCGCGAAAACAUAUUGAACAGACUCAAUGUUCCUGGAUACAGCCAUCAUCCACUUGCUAUUCGAGCUCCUCCGCCACCGGCCUCAGCCAGCAAUCAGACUGUCAAAGUGGCAGCCAGCAACACAACCACUGCGAGCAAGCUAUCCCCGACGCCGACAAAAGCUCACAUCUCCUUGGUCCCGCAUUGGAGCUAUGAGAAGAACUCCAUCGCUGUCGCCAUUGUCAUUUCCGUCGUGACGGUCAUCGCCUUCACCACGCUGGUCAUCCUUCUUGUCCAGAAGAUCCGCAGAAGCUGGAAGCGUCAUAAAAGUGAGAAGAAGGACUACGCUGGCUCUAGGUACCGUGUCUACUAUUUGAACGACAGCGCUGAGAAUGGGGGACUCGAGCACAAAUUCAGUCGAGAACCAGUCAUGUUCAGCAAGGAUGAUCCCACCGCUCGAGAGUAUCUCGUCGAGCAGGAUGGCGAUAAGAUCACUCGCGUUUAUCAUGCUGGAAAUAAUGAUUCGUCACGCACCUUCGAUUCGCUCGGAAAACCACAGGAACCGCAGCAGCAACAGCAGCCACCAGCACCACCAGUCCAAAUACCGCAAGAGACCGCGGUGAGCACGGCCACCACCGUCGACCCAGCUCAACCCGUACCUGAGGUGCAACCUGACAAACCGUUGACUGUUCGUGGACGUUCUGGCUCCAUCCCCAAGCCUAUAGUCGUCGUGCCUCCUCCCUUGAAGCACGCCUCUUCGUUGAAGGCAACUCCAGUCACGCAGCCACCGGACCCGCUCCCUGAGAGACCAUCCUUCAUUCCCAAAUCCCGAAGCGAGGCCAGAAGAAGUCUCAUCAAGCUGGCAACGGAUCCAGGCUCGCUGUUUCGACUGCCUUCGAUAAAGAAAACCACGUCCCCUAUCUAUCGCCCUUGA